AUGUCUUAUAGUAAACCAGUUAAUAAUAAAACAAAUAAUAAUAAUAACAAUUUGGUGGGAAAUUUGAUACAUAUUGUCAAUGACCUACAGGACAAACUCAAUCCGUUGGGCGUCAAAAGUCUAUCACUAGAUUUACCGCAAAUUGUGGUCAUCGGUGGCCAGUCGUCGGGUAAGUCAAGUGUAUUGGAAAAUAUUGUUGGCCAAGAUUUUCUGCCCCGUGGUUCCGGUAUUGUCACCCGACGGCCAUUGGUUUUACAGUUAAUUAAAAAUAAUAGUUCAGAUGAAGUUUACGGUAUUUUCAGUCAUCAGCCAAACAAACGGUACAAUGAAUUUCAUAAGAUCAGGGAUGAGAUUGUCAGAGACACCGAUAAAGUGGUGUCCAGUAGUGUCGGUAUAUCCGAUAAACCCAUAAAAUUGAAAAUCUAUUCACCAAAACUGUUGGACCUAUCGCUGGUAGACUUACCAGGUAUAGCACGGGUACCAGUAGGUGAUCAGCCCCAGGAUAUUGAAAAGUUAACCAAAGACCUGUCACUCAAAUAUAUUUCAAAUGAAAACAGUUUGAUUUUGGCGGUAACGGCAGCUAAUCAGGAUUUGGCCGUAUCGGACGCCCUAACACUGGCCCGACAAGUGGACCCGGAAGGUAACCGUACAAUCGGUGUACUAACCAAACUGGAUCUAACCGACGACAAGGCAAUGGCCCGCCAGAUACUGACCGGCAAACACCAGAUAAACUUGAAACGCGGUUUCAUUGGUGUCAUCAAUCGAUCGCAGGCCGAAAUAGACGACGACACCGACAUCGAUAGUGCACUGGAAAAGGAACGGCAGUUUUUCCGGCGCGAGGAACAGUUUCGCGAUAUGGCCGACCGUAUGGGUAUACCCUAUUUGCAUCAGGAACUACAGCGUGUACUCAAACGACACAUUGCCCAACGCCUGCCGCCGCUGAUGGAUCAGUUUGAUUCACGUGUACACGAAAUCAACGAACAAUUAGAUCGGAUGCAAACACCGAUCGAAGAUAAGGACAAAUCGGAGAUAUUGUCGAAAUCUAUUAAACAAUUUGAACGCGAGUUUGAGAUAGUAGUCGGCGGUAAACGAUGGGAAACUGUCAACAAUAAGCUGAGUCGUGGUGUGAAAAUCAAUCGCCUAAUGAACGAUAAGUACGCGCGCGAUAUCGAGUCGCACGUGUAUAACGAACAGGAGAUGCGUCGGGAUAUUGUUGUUGCCAUUGAAAAUACUUUCGGUGCCCGAACCGGACUGUUUGUAUCGGAUCCGCCGUUUAUACAGUGUGUGCGAACACAGAUCGACCGAUAUACCCGUCCGUCAAUCGAUUGCGUCGAAUGGGUUACCGAAGAGCUUAAACUGAUUGUCAGAGACUGUCUGAACAAAAUCGAUAGAUAUCCACAAAUGGCGUCAAUAUUUUUAGAGGAAACCCUGGAUUUUAUUUGCAAAGCUAAUCGCGAGUGUAAAAACUAUGUCCGGCAUUUUAUUGAUGAGGAAAAAAUUAUGAAUGUCAACAAUGAUGAUUUUGUUCAAAUGACCAGAUCCGAUGUUUUAACAUUGAUAUCGGUCCAGAAAACUAAACCGGGUCAAAAUAAUAAUAAUCAACAACAAACUACCAUGGUUAACGGUAACAACAGUGCAUAUGUUGGUGAUGGUGCCGACACCAUCAGCGAUCUGGGACUGGACCAGUGCUCAAACUAUAUGGACAGUCAGAUCGAUGAAGUCAAAAGCAAAGUUGAUUCCUAUAUAUUGAUAUUGAAGAAAACGUUCAAGGAUCGUCUACCGAAAAUUUGCAUACUAGAGCUCAUCGACCAGACUACUGAUUUCAUAUCUACCCGACUGUCCGAUCAAAUACGUGAUAAAUACCAGACCAUCGAUGACAUACUGGGCCGCGACGCCAAUGAAGAGCUGAGACGCGAUUUGGAGACACAACACAAACAAUACAAAGAGGCCAUCGAUAUCAUCAAUAAAUGCCAACACACGGCAUAAAUCAAUAAAUUAAUAAAUUUGUAAUUUUUUAU